AUGCCACCUCAGUCCCCACCCCCUAAAUUCCAGAUCUUCCACGGCCACCGCAAGCCCACACAGAACCGCCCCACCGUCCGCGGCGGCCUCUUCUCCGACCGUGUCUCUCAGCCGAGCCGCAAAUACCCCACCACCGUAACCCAAUCCCAGCCCUUCGAUCUCUCCAAGUGGGACCCACACCUGCCCCAAACCUCGCCGUCCACUUCAUCGCCCAACCCCGACGACACGACCCUCCUCUCGUUCCUCUCCCCCAUCGCCCGCUUCAUACUCGAUGCUUUCCGCAAGAACCGGAACCACUGGGGCCCGCCAGUCGUCUCGGAGCUCCGGAAGCUCCGCCGGGUCACGCCGGACCUCGUCGCCGAGGUGCUCAAGGUCCAGAAUGAACCCGUUUCGGCCUCCAAGUUCUUCCACUGGGCAGGUAAGCAAAAGGGUUUCAAGCACACUUAUGCUUCAUACAAUGCCUUGGCUUAUUGUCUGAACCGGUCCAACCGGUUCCGGUCGGCGGACCAAGUCCCUGAGCUAAUGGACUCGCAGGGCAAACCGCCGAGCGAGAAACAGUUUGAGAUUCUCAUCAGAAUGCACUCUGAUGCCAAUAGAGGUCUCAGGGUUUAUUAUGUGUAUGAAAAAAUGAAGAAAUUUGGGGUUAAACCCAGGGUUUUCUUGUACAAUAGGAUCAUGGAUGCGUUGGCGAAAACGGGUUAUUUGGAUUUGGCCUUAUCGGUUUACGAUGACUUUCGUGAUGAUGGAUUGGUGGAGGAGAGUGUUACUUUCAUGAUCUUGAUAAAGGGUAUGUGUAAAAUGGGAAGAAUUGAUGAAAUGUUGCAGCUUUUGGAGAGAAUGAGGGCGAAUUUGUGUAAACCGGACGUGUUUGCAUACACGGCAAUGAUUAAGGUUUUGCUUUCAGAGGGGAACUUAGAUGGGUGUUUGAGGGUUUGGGAGGAAAUGAAGAGAGAUAGGGUUGAGGCUGAUGCUAUGGCAUAUGCAACUCUGGUUACAGGGUUGUGUAAGGGUGGCAGGGUGGAGAAAGGGUACGAAUUGUUUAGGGAGAUGAAGGCGAAGGGUUUCUUGAUUGAUAGAGCGAUAUACGGGGUGUUGAUUGAGGGGUUUGUGGCGGACAGGAAGGUUGGGGUGGCUUGUGAUUUGUUGAAGGAUUUGGUGGACUCGGGCUAUAGGCCAGAUUUGGGGAUAUAUAAUUCUCUUAUCGAGGGUUUAUGUAAUGUGAAGCGGGUUGAUAAGGCUUAUAAAAUUUUCCGAGUUACUGUUCAAGAGGGUCUUCAGCCAGAUUUCGCUACGGUGAAUCCCAUUUUGGUGCUCUAUGCUGAGACAAGUAGAGUGGAUAAGUUCUGCGAGAUGCUUGCACAGAUGGAGAAAUGUGGUUUUCCUGUCAUUGACGAUCUUUCGAAAUUCUUCUCCUUAUUAGGAAAGGAGGAUGGAGUAACAAUGGGUUUGGAAGUGUUUGAAGAGUUAAAAGUCAAAGGUUAUUAUAGUUUAGGAAUCUACAAUAUCUUUAUGGAGGCCCUCCACAAAUCUGGGAAAGUGAAAAAAGCAUUGUCUCUCUUUAAUGAAACGAAGGAUGUGGGUUUGCAGCCCGACUCCUUUACUUACAGCAUUGCCAUAAUGUGUUUUGUUGAAGAUGGGGACAUCCAUGAGGCUUGUGCCUGUUAUAAUAAAAUAAUUGAGAUGUCUUGUGUUCCUUUGAUUGCUGCCUACCGUUCGCUUGCUAGAGGGCUUUGUAAAAUUGGAGAGAUUGACGCCGUUAUGCUGUUACUUCGUGACUGCUUAGCCAGCGUGACAAGUGGACCCUUGGAAUUCAAGUAUUCUCUUACCAUUCUUCAUGCAUGUAAAUCAAAUAAUGCUGAGAAGGUGGUUGAGGUGCUAAAUGAGAUGAUACAGCAGGGUUGUCCUCCAGAUGAUGUUGUAUACUCUGCUAUAAUCUCUGGCAUGUGUAAGCAUGGCACAAUAGAGGAGGCAAGAAAAAUAUUUUCAAAUUUGAAAGAGCACAAAAUUUUAACAGAAGCCAACAUGAUUGUGUAUGAUGAAGUAUUAAUUGAACACAUGAAGAAGAAGACGGCAGAUCUGGUGGUGUCUGGUUUGAAAUUUUUUGGAUUAGAAAACAAAUUGAAAGCAAAGGGUUGUAAGCUGCUGUUGUGAUGAAAUUAUAAAGGCAGGUACGGAAUUCAUUGAUUACUUCGGACUUUCCUUCUGUUGCAAUUCGCUUAUAAUGCAUGAAAUUGUAUCGAGUGGUGAGAACACUCCAUUUAAGAUGCAUCUAUGGAGGAGGCACACAUCUUCGGGUUGUGAGGCGUCUUAUUAGCUGGCAUUGCCAAUGAUGUUCGCUUUUGGGUGUCUCAUGAAUAUUCCAACAGCUUGUGAUUGGGGUUGCUUGGCAAGUGUCUUCUGGCCACUAUGAUUCUGCUGAAUGUGGGUACCCUGCUUUCUUUGUUUCUCUGCAACUUUCUCAGCCGUGGUCUCAAUGUGUUUUGGAGGUUCAGUGUACAAUUUGGCUCAGAGACCCUGGUAGGGACUCUCUAUGUUGGUUUGCUGGUCGUUCAUUUUGGUCGUUGCUUGAAUGGCAGUAUAUUUUCCUAGUGGGAGAUAAACAACUGUUCUGGUACUAAGACGUCGCAAAUUAAAAUUCAAUGUGAGUGUAUUCCCUGAUGAUACGGAUAUAUGUUUCUCUCAAGGCAAGCUCCAAAUUCCAAUAUCAAGGAAAUUGGAUGGCAAAGAAGAGAAGCAGUUCCAGAUUGCAGGAAUUGAGGUACUCUGAAUUCUUCAAUGAUCGGUCGAAGAUUCCAGAUAUAUAAUGUUCAUAAUCUGUCGAGAGAAAUUGUGACUGCUAUAAUGUUCACCUUCAUCUGGAGGAGAAGCCCUCUCGCAAUACGCAAAGAAACCUUUGAGUUUUGACAUGUGAGGUUUAAAUGCAUUGAUUUGUAUUAGGGCUGUCGUCUAAUACCGAGAAGAGAAGUACCUCUAGACCAACGACUAUGUUAGUAAACCGUCUUACGUGAAUAUGAAACGGUUAUUUUUUCACAACCCCUUAA